AUGCCGGCAGGGCGACUCGUCAAGACCAUCCUCUCUCUCUUGCCCGGAGGCUUCAAGGCUAGACUAUUCAAACUAGCCACCAGGAUAUCCGCCUUCUGUGGUUGCCAGAUCCAGUACAACGUCUACCGCCUUCCCUUUAACAUCAUCAUGAAGACUUCAAGCUACCCGAAUCCCAAUGAGGCCCAAGCUCUCCGUAUCGUCGAGUCAUUCCGGGGUGUGGAGGCCCCCCGGCUCAUCGACUAUGUGGAAGCCUCAGACAUGACGUACGUUCUGAUGACCCGGAUUAACGGCGUUUGCGCUGCGGACAUAUGGGAGAGUCUCACCCCCUCUGACAAAGACAAGAUCGUCGCUGAAUUGAGGAUGCGACUUAAUGAUUUACAAGAGCAGACAAAGAAUCGCCACCCCGCCAUGUCUUCUGCGAUGGAAACACCAAUCCGUGACCCGCGUAUCCCUUGGCUUUGGGAAGACGACCCGCGAAUCAUUUAUUCCUCACGGGAGUUCUUCGAGCAAGUUUGGCUCGGUCUGGACUUCCCGCGCCACGCAGAUACCCUCCGUCCUGCUAUACUCCCGCUGGUGGAACGGCAGGACGUCGAUAUCGUGUUUUGUCACGGAGAUAUACUUCCCAAGAACAUAAUGUUACCUGGGGGACUGGAGAUGUGGCGAUCAGGAUCUGCGGGACCAUUGGUCUUGAUUGACUGGGAGUACGCGGGCUGGAUGCCGUCAUCGUGGGAGGCCCUGAAGGCUACCUGGCUGACUUUUGAAAUCGAAGAGGACGAGGAUGGCUGGUACGGGAUGAUGAAGGAGGUUUUCCCACAGGAUGCAGCCGUAUUGGAGGCCGAUUGGUUGUGGCGAUCCACGUCGGGGAUUCCGAUAGUUUGA